AAAACAAAAUCAAAAAGGCUGUGGUUACACGUCAACGUCCACGAAAACCAAUUCACAUAGGUUACGUUUUGGAUGGUUUAUUUUGUAAAAAUUUUAUUGAUUACUUUGUGAUUGAAUAAGCUUUUUAUUAUUGCAUCGGACGAAUAAUAAGACAAGUGUGUUUGAAGAUACUAUAGAUGAGGUAAGGUAAGCAAUUACAGUUUUAUAUCAGUAGUUGAAGGAGUCAUGUUGACAAAAUUCGAAACGAAGUCGGCCCGUGUCAAGGGCCUGUCUUUCCAUCCUAAACGACCAUGGGUCCUUUCCAGUCUCCACAGUGGAGUAAUUCAACUAUGGGAUUAUCGAAUGUGCACUUUGUUGGAUAAGUUUGAUGAACAUGAUGGGCCGGUCAGAGGAAUUUGCUUCCAUAACCAGCAGCCAAUAUUUGUCUCAGGCGGUGAUGACUACAAAAUCAAAGUCUGGAAUUACAAACAACGUCGGUGCAUUUUUACAUUGCUUGGUCAUUUGGAUUACAUACGAACAACUCUUUUCCAUCAUGAGUAUCCUUGGAUUCUCAGUGCUUCAGACGAUCAAACAAUUCGUAUUUGGAACUGGCAGAGUCGCAAUUGCAUUUCGGUGUUGACCGGUCACAAUCAUUAUGUAAUGUGCGCCCAAUUUCAUCCCUCUGAAGAUAUUAUUGUUUCAUCGUCUUUAGAUCAAACCGUUAGAGUUUGGGACAUUUCCGGUCUUCGUAAGAAAGUUGCGCCUGGCCCUGGAGGUUUUGAUGAUCAUUUGAAAAAUCCCACCACCACUGACCUAUUUGUUCCCCCUGAUGCAGUAGUAAAACAUGUUCUAGAAGGCCACGACCGUGGAGUAAAUUGGGCUUGCUUCCAUCCAAGCUUACCAUUCAUUGCAUCUGGUGCUGAUGAUAGGCAAAUAAAAUUGUGGAGAAUGAAUGAAGCUAAAGCUUGGGAAGUUGAUACUUGCAGAGGUCAUUAUAACAACGUUUCAUGUGUAUUGUUUCACCCAAGACAAGAGCUCAUACUUUCCAACUCAGAAGAUAAAAGUAUAAGGGUAUGGGAUAUGAACAAAAGAUUAUGCCUGCAUACGUUUCGACGCGAGCAUGACCGAUUCUGGGCAUUGACUGCUCAUCCAACUUUGAAUUUGUUUGCUGCUGGUCAUGACGCUGGUAUGGUCAUAUUUAAAUUGGAAAGAGAAAGACCUGCUUAUGCUGUAGUAUCAAACAUCCUGUUCUAUGUCAAAGACAGGUUCCUUCACAAACUGGACUUUGCUAGCUCAAAAGACACAGUAGUGCUGCAACUGCGAGGAGGAGGCAGGGUGCCAGUCUAUAGCAUUGGUUACAAUAUUGCUGAAAACUCUGUAUUGGUCUGUACAAGAAGUAGUAAUAUCGAAAACAGUACUUAUGAUUUGUACUCUGUUCCUCGAGAAGCUGGUCAAACUAAUGAUCAAACAGAACAGAAGCGUUCUACAGGUGUUUCAGCCAUAUGGGUUGCAAGAAAUAGAUUUGCUGUUCUCGAUAGAAGUCAUACUUUAGUCAUCAAAAAUUUGAAGAACGAAGUCACUAAGAAGGUCGAUCAUCCAGCUUGUGAUGAGAUAUUUUAUGCUGGCACAGGAAAGCUGCUUCUGAGAGACUCUGAUGGACUGAUUCUCUUUGAUGUCCAUCAAAAGCGAACUCUAGCAACUGUGAAAAUAUCAAAAUGUCGUUACGUUGUAUGGUCUUCUGAUAUGUCAAACGUUGCUCUCUUGUCAAAGCACAAUGUCUCAAUCUGCAAUAGGAAUAUGGAAACGCUGUGCUCCAUACAUGAAAAUACCAGGGUGAAAUCGGGAGCUUGGGACGAAUCUGGAGUUUUCAUCUACACUACAAGCAAUCACAUCAAAUAUGCUAUAUGUAAUGGAGAUCAUGGAAUCAUUCGCACUCUGGAUCUUCCAAUCUACAUCACAAAAGUUAAGGGCACGCAAGUGUUCUGCUUGGACAGAGAGUGUCGCCCCAGAGUUCUCAACAUCGACCCCACUGAAUUCAGAUUCAAGCUGGCUCUCAUAAAUAGGAAAUAUGAUGAAGUACUGCACAUGGUGAGAAACGCGAAAUUGGUCGGACAGUCAAUUAUAGCUUAUUUGCAACAGAAAGGUUACCCAGAAGUUGCUUUACAUUUUGUGAAGGAUGAGAAGACAAGGUUUGCAUUGGCAUUGGAAUGUGGGAAUAUUGAAGUGGCUCUUGAAGCAGCUCGUGCUCUCGACAAUAAGAGCUGUUGGGAACAGCUUGGCCAGGCCGCACUAAUGCAAGGAAAUCACCAGGUUGUAGAAAUGUGUUAUCAGCGAACCAAGAACUUUGACAAACUGUCAUUUUUGUAUCUCAUUACUGGAAAUCUGGAGAAGCUUCGUAAAAUGACCAAGAUCGCCGAGAUUCGUAAAGAUGUUUCUGGUCAGUAUCAGGGCGCUCUCCUACUGGGUGAUGUUGCGGAGAGGAUCAACAUUUUGAAAGCAUGUGGGCAGACUUCACUGGCCUAUCUGACCGCCGCCACUCACGGUCUCAACGACGAAGCAGACAGCUUGCGAGAAAUGUGCCAAUCCAAUCUACCUGAAGUGAACAACAAUGCUAAAUUGAUGAAACCACCUGUUCCAGUUAUGCAAGCGGAAACGAACUGGCCACUGUUGACUGUGUCUAAGGGAUUCUUUGAAGGUGCUAUGAUGUCAGGAAAAGGAGGCAUGCUGAGUGGUGCUGUGGAUAUUGUGGAAGACACACCCGGCCAAGGCUGGGGAGGGGAUGACGAAUAUGAAAUGGAUGACAAAAUACCAGGAGAAGACGAUUUCGAAGAUGCGAUAGCCUCGAACCCAGAUGAAGGAGGAGGAUGGGACGUUGGAGACGACACAUUGGAACUGCCGCCGGAUAUUGAUGCGGGCUUGGUCACAUCAGAAGAAGGCUUCUUUGUAGCACCCACCAAAGGUAUACCACAAUCACAAGCAUGGACUAAUAAUUCACAACUAGUAGCUGAUCAUGUCAUGGCUGGUUCAUUCGAUACAGCAUUCAGGCUGCUUCACGAUCAAUUAGGAAUCACACAGUUCAAACCGUACAAACCGCUGUUCAUGAAUGCGUUUGAUCGAUCUCGUACCUCAUACUCUACAUUUGCUGGCCUGCCGUCCCUGUUUGGUUACCCUGCGCGCAACUGGAAAGAAGCGACCUCCAAAUCCGCUCUGCCCACCAUACCCUACAAGCUGAGCGAUCUCAUCAAUCAGCUACAAGCUUGCUACCAGCUGACAACAGCUGGAAGGUUCGGAGAAGCUAUCGAAAAAUUCCGUUCCAUACUUCUCAGCAUACCUCUCCUAGUGGUGGAUACAAGGCAAUUCAUAACCGAAGCCCAACAACUUCUGAAAAUCUGCAAAGAGUAUAUCCUCGGUCUGCAAAUUGAGGUUCACCGUAAAACUCUGCCAAAGAACAGCAUCGAAGAGCAGAUAAGAAACUGUGAACUUGCUGCUUACUUCACCCACUUCGAUCUGCAACCUGUUCAUAAAAUUCUCACACUACGUAUUGCUAUGAAUAUGUUCUUCAAAUUGAAAAACUACAAGACUGCAGCUUCGUUCGCCAGAAGACAACUGGAGCUCGGCCCCAAACCAGAUGUGACAACUCAAACGAGGAAGCUGCUUGCCGCAUCGGAACAAGUCAACACAAAUGAGCAUGAGGUGCUCUAUGAUGAGCAUAAUCCAUUCACUGUGUGUGGUAUCAGCUACACUCCGAUCUAUCGAGGAAAGCCGGAGGAAAAGUGUCCAUUCUGUGCAACGUCAUUCCUUCCCAAGUACAAGGGCGAGAUUUGCAAUGUUUGCAGUGUUGCGGUAAUCGGUAAAGAUGCCAUUGGGCUACGCAUUAGUCAUCUGCAGUUUCGAUAAAUUAAUCCUUUUACUUGAAUAGCUUAUAUGAACUGACGCUUCUUAUUUCAAUAUAAUUAUUUUCCAUGUGUGUGAAUGUUGAAGGGAUACUGAAAUAUUUUCCUCUUUUCAUGCUAGAUACUUUAUUUCAUGAAGUAGCCUAUAUUAUCUUUAAUUUUGAUUGCAUAUUCAAAAUGGUAUUCUCAUUAUAAUUCAGAAAUGAAAUUACAUUUCUUUUAAAAACGCACUUCUGCUAUACGAUUUCUCUAAAUUUUAUAGUUAAUUAAAUCAUCAUCACUACAAUAUAAUAAACUUUCUUGAUUAAACAAAGUCUUGCAAUACUGGUGUUAUAAUUGUACUGUAUAAUGGAUCUGUACUCAACAUAGGCUUCAUUUAUGUGUAUCAGAAGUUAUAAUUAUAUGAAAAAUUUGGCACGAUCAUAAUUACAAUUCAUAAAUAUAAUUCAUAUUACAACAAAUUUUGUUGAAUGGUUCCUCAAAAUAAUUCUUAUUCACAGAAAAUGAUUUUUAGGUAUUUAAAGUUAUUGUUUCAAAAUGUUUACUAUUAUCUUAAUCUAUUCAUGAAUAUUUGUAUGUUAUUUAUUCAUCCAAAACAUAAUUAUUUGAAGAUAUAGGUACACAGUAUUUAUGUUUUUAUUAUUUAAUUGUAUUAGCUAUGGAUUAACUUCUUUGAUUUUAGCUUACGAGUAAUAUGUAUUGUUUAUUGUAUAAAAUAAUCUUGAUUAAAAUGAUCAAGUUAUUUCUCACAAAA